GUUCCGUUGCUUCCUUCUCUUUCAAAGUUAGCCGGAACCCGUCAGGCUUUGUGACCCAGUGGAUCUCCAGCAGGCAGUAGCAGGAGAUUUCCUAACCCCCCCUCCCCUUUCCUUCCUUACACGCACACACACACACACACAAAGCGCUCUUCCCGAAACACACUUCUGCUCUGCAUUACCCAAUGAAGCGAGAAGAGCACAUUCCGUUUAUAUUUUUAUAUCCCGAAAGGACGGGAGGAAGCAGCCGUCCCUUGAAUUGCAGAAGCAGCCGUUCUGCCUCCACCCGGAGUCCCUUCGGAUCUCUUGCCUACAAGUAGCCGUAGGCUUCUCUUCCCCCCCCCCAAUCCCCGCGUCCGCGAUCGCAGUUUUCUCCCCCCAGCCCCCCCCCCCUCGUAAUCUUCCAAGAUCAGGGUGGGACUACUGAAUGGAAUAUUUCCCCUUCUCUACAGCCAGCCGGCCCCCCCACGGAUUUCAAGGAUUUAGGAUCCGUCACCAGAGACAUUGCACAGUGGGGGAAGAGUGUCCUUGGCGUGCUCAUCACUGCAAGUGACAGGCCGAGCCAGUGAGGAAAUGGUUGCUGACUGUGGCUGAAUCCACAGCUGCCAGAAUAUGCAGCCCAGGGGCGUUCCUGGCAGUGCAAAGGCAGCGGACUGCGCCAAGGAGCUGAUCACCACGUUGUGCACGGGGGUUGUGGCCGGGAGGCAUGGUGACAACUUUCAAGAUUGCCGUGCUGGGUGCUCAAGGGGUCGGAAAGAGUGCCAUUGUCCGCCAGUUCCUGUACAACGAGUUCAGCGAGGUCUGUGUCCCCACCAAGGCCCGCCGUGUCUACCUACCUGCCGUGGUCAUGAAUGGCCACGUUCACGACCUACAGAUCAUGGACUUCCCGCCCAUCGCCUCUUUCCCUGUAAAUACCCUGCAGGAGUGGGCGGACGUGUGCUGCCGAGGCCUCCGGAGUGUUCAUGCCUACAUCUUGGUCUAUGACAUCUGUUGUUUUGACAGCUUUGAGUAUGUCAAAACCAUUAGGCAGCAGAUCCUAGAAACAAGAGUCAUUGGGACCUCAGAUACGCCCAUCAUCAUUGUUGGGAACAAGCGGGACCUCCAGAAAGGCCGAGUUAUUCCCCGCUGGAAUGUCUCCAACCUUGUGAAGAAGACAUGGAAGUGUGGUUACAUUGAGUGCUCGGCCAAAUACAACUGGCACAUCCUCUUGCUCUUCAGCGAACUUCUGAAGAGUGUGGGCUGCGCACGAUGUAAGCACGUUCACACUGCCAUCCGCUUCCAGGGGGCCCUGCGGAGGAACCGAUGCACCAUUAUGUGAGACCUUAAGGACCUGCUAUCCCCACCACCAUCAUCUCUGAGGGCAGCUUCUCCCCACUUGCCUGCCAUGUGCAUGGGAACCCCCCCUUUUUUAAAAAAAAAAAUCCGGAUUCAGCUGGGCUAGAAGUUCUUUGCAAGCAGCUCUGUCCGCAAAGGAAGCCACAGCCCUUAUCCUCAUUGAGGCCAGCUGGUUUUUGUUUUGUUUUUCCCUGCUGAUCCUUGAUGUGUUGAGGAGGGUUGCUUCUUUACACAUAGGAGUCCUUUUGGUUUGGAUCAUAGACCAGGAGGUGCUGGAAUCUACAGAUGGAGCAAAAAUGCAGCGAGUCGACCUGAAGGAGGGGAAUGCGUCUAGUUCACUCUCUUGCAGCCAGUAUAUUAAUCUACCAAAUGUGGGAUUAGUUAAUACUUUGUGAAUAAUGCGAUGCAAAUUAAGAGGAGCAAAUGGCCUCUUGAUAUAGAACUAGGCAGCCAGCCCAAUGGGGAUGGGCAAUCUUUGGCUCUCCAGAUGUUGCUAAACUGCAACUUAGCAGUCUUAACUGGUAAUGCAAGGAGAGCGUAAUGCUGGAUGUUCUAAUUCGGCAAGGUCUAGAGGCUCACAGAGCAUCCAGGUCAGCACUCCUGUCAUGCAAGAUGACUUGCAGCUGGCUCAAAACCAUGGUGGGAUAUUUCAGGAGGAAAGAGGAGUAUAGAAUGAGUGGGUAAAAGAGUUGAACAAGUGAGCCAAGAAAAGCCAGCAGAGAUGGGACUGGUAAGGAUUAGUAAGGGCAACUGAAAGGAAAGGAUGGGAUCUCUCAGGUCAUAUGUAUGUUGAGAUGGUGGAUUCGCCUGAUGUGUUUCACAGUACAUGUUUAUAGAGAGAGGGGAAACCUUUCAGUCUGGACACAAAGUAAACGAGGUUUGUCACUAAACUCCAGAAGUUCUGACGAUGUGAUAGCAUGAGUCCAUGAGAUAUAAUUUGCUUAUAUUUACACAUUUUUCCAGGUGCACGCAAACCAUCUCUCUACAUUUAAAAUUCAGAAUAUACACCUCUGGCUCUCCUGGUGUUGCUGAACUACAACUUCCACAUGUCCCAGUAUUGUCCAUGCUGACUGGAAGAUGUAGAUCAGGGGUCCCCAAACUUGGCAACUUUAAGACUUGUGGACGUCAAC